AAAAGCUUAAAAAAAGCUUAAAAAGCUUAAAGAAAGUUAUUGAUUGCAGAAAGCAAAAAUUAGAGAGAGCUUUUCUUUUUCUUUUUCCACGUUCUCUCUCUCUAACCCCAUUUUUUUUCUUCUAUCAGUAAAGCUGAAAACCCCACUCCCACCCUAAAAAAUAUCACCUCUUCACUUAAAGAUUUCUUUCACUUCACUAAUAACAACAAUUAUAUUCCAUCCAUGCUCCACAACACCACCGUCCCAUCUCCUUCUUCUGAUCCCUUCCCUGCUACCUCUGAUAAUGGCGCCACCACCGCCGCCGCCGCCGCUGCCAUCAUCAACUCCAGCAGACGAAAAAGAAAACCUGCAGGCACCCCUGAUCCAGAUGCAGAAGUGGUAUCUCUAUCGCCGAGGACGCUACUCGAAUCAGACAGAUACAUAUGUGAGAUCUGCAACCAAGGGUUUCAACGAGACCAGAAUUUACAAAUGCAUAGAAGAAGACAUAAAGUUCCAUGGAAACUAUUAAAAAGAGAAACUCAAGAAGUGAAAAAACGAGUCUAUGUAUGUCCGGAGCCGAGUUGUCUACACCAUGACCCUUGCCAUGCUCUAGGAGAUCUUGUCGGAAUCAAGAAACAUUUCAGACGAAAACACAGUAAUCACAAGCAAUGGGUUUGCGAGAAAUGUUCUAAAGGCUAUGCUGUCCAAUCUGAUUAUAAAGCUCAUCUUAAAACUUGUGGCACUCGUGGUCAUUCUUGUGAUUGUGGCCGUGUCUUUUCCAGGGUGGAGAGUUUUAUCGAACAUCAAGAUGCUUGUACAGUAAGAAUUCAACCUGAUCAUCAUCAUCAUCAUCAUCAACUUCAAGCAUUACAACCAGCUUGCUCUUCAAGAACAGCUUCAAGUACUAGUCCUUCAAGUGAUGCUAAUUUUACCAUUUCUCCUCCAUUACAAGUAUUACCCCUCCCGAAACCAACAUCAACUGACCAUCAUACUAAUCACCAACCUCCCGUUUUCUUGUACUCGUCCCCGUCUGAUCGAAACGAUCAGGCUUCUGCUUCCGCUUCCGCUUCUACUUCUACUCAUAAUCUUGAACUUCAACUCUUACCUUCACCCGCUUCUACUCCGUCUUUACAAAAGAACGACGAACAACGGUACCACCCUACGAACUUAAAGCUUUCGAUAGGGUCAUGUUCGACAAGCGAAAAGAACGAACAAUCUAACCAGCAGACGAAUUUAGACGCGAAUAAUACCGUUAUGGAGGCGGAAAAAGUUAAAGACUUCGCGAACGAGCAAUUAAGGUUAGCUAUGUCGGAGAAGGCGUAUGCAGAAGAUGCAAGAGAGCAAGCUAAGAGACAACUCGAAAUGGCUGAACUUGAAUUUGCAAAUGCUAAAAGAAUAAGACAACGAGCUCAAUCCGAAGUUGAAAAAGCUCAAGUUUUAAGAGAACAGGCUACGAAGAAGAUAAGUUCAACGAUCAUGCAAAUAACUUGUCAAGCUUGUAAGCAACAGUUUCAAGCGCCGGCUCCGGUGGUUGCACCGGCCGACGAGACUUCACUGGCCAUGAGUUACAUGUCUUCAGCAACUACUGAAGGUGAAGGAGAAUGAGAUUAUAUAUAUAAAUAUUCAAGUAAAACCCUUAUAAUUAACUUACUCUUCAACGAUAACUUUUUUUUGGGUGUUAAUUAUAUAAAUUAACCAUUGUUUGUGGUGUUAAUUAUAUUAAUUUUGAGUGGAGCAAGGAAAAGCUUCUGUUGUACUGAUUUAAUAUAUAUUUAUAUAAAUAUAUCUUCAUUGGUUUUAAAGAAAA